AUUUCGAAAGCGCCCCUUUUGAAAAGAUAUUUCGAAAUCACCCCAACUGUUGCAGAAACCCCUCAGACCAAAAGUAGGGUUUUAGCUUUAACCCUCAGCAGCCAAGAAGCAAGAGUCAGUUCUUGUUUGUCUUCCUUACCAAGAACAACCUUCAGAAUCUUUCAUUUCUCCUGAUAAACAAUGGCCUCAAUUGGUGCUAGAUCUGCUUUUCGGUCAUUCUCCGGUUCUGCACGCCGUGCUGCUACUCACAUCGGUUCUCAAGCCAGGCCGUCAUCAACCUCUCCCUUUCGCAUGGCAACUAACAAGCCCCUCUCUCAUCGAACUUUCAGGUGUGCGCCUGUGAUGAGCUUCUGUUUGGAGUCGAUGAUGCCAUUUCACUCUGCGUCGUCAUCGGCUUUGAUGACUUCAAUGCUCUCUAUCUCGCGCCACAGCUGCGGUUGGCUUCCCGAAGGCAAAGACAAGACUAGAUGAGGAUCGAGAAGCAGGAAGGAAUGACUUGAUUUGUUUUUUUGAAUUUUCCCUUUUAAGUCCUAGAGAUGUCACCCCCCGGCCCACCCCCAAGACAAAGAAAAGAAAGAGAAAAAAAAAGUACAUCUAGGAGAUGCCAUCAAUAGGUUAAAUGAGAUGUUGUAUUUGGAAUGAAAUAAUAAACUAUGAUGUCCUAUUUCGUUCACUUUGUUUGUAGAUGAUUGUUUUUAGAGUGUUGAAAGAUUAUAUAUUCAAUUUAAUUCUGCAACUAUAUUGGAUUACGGAUUACUAGAUCGUUGCAGAAUAAAUUUGGCUUCUACAUAGUUUAAUUAUUGUUUUGCGAA